CAGAAUAAUGAUUUUCUCAGGAACACAGUGCAUCGCCACGAGCCGCCGGUCACUGCCCAGCCUAUCCAGAUCUUGGUGGAGAACGAUGAGGUGGUGGUUGUGGACAAACCCUCCUCUUUGCCAGUACAUCCCUGCGGCAGGGUUCGUCACAACACGGUCAUCUUCAUCCUAGGCAAAGAGCAUGAUCUGAAGGAGUUGCAUACCAUUCACCGACUCGAUCGCAUGACCUCAGGAGUACUUAUGUUUGCCAAGACCGCAGAGGUAUCCAAGAGGAUCGAUGAGCAGGUUCGGGAGAGACAGCUGGAAAAGGAGUACGUCUGUCGUGUGGUGGGGGAGUUCCCAGAGCACGAAGUCGUCUGUGAAGAGCCCAUACUGGUGGUUUCUUACAAAGUGGGAGUGUGCCGCGUGGACCCCAAAGGGAAAUUCUGCAAAACCAUCUUCCAGAGACUCAGCUACAACGGCCAGACCAGCGUAGUCAAGUGUCUUCCACGCACCGGCCGCACGCACCAGAUCCGGGUCCACUUGCAGUAUUUGGGGCAUCCUAUUGUCAAUGACCCCAUCUAUAACAUGGAAGCCUGGGGCCCCGACAGGGGCAGAGGAGGCAAGAUCGGUAAAACGGAUGAAGAACUCCUUAAGGCGCUGGUAGAGGAGCAUCGCUCCAAACAGAGCCUGGAUAUCUUGGGUAUUUCGGAGGAGGACUUGAACUCCAAUGCUGAAAAUAAAGACUGCGGUAAUCCAAGUGACUGCACAAAGUCUGCGCGGGCUGAUUCUAUAAACGAGAACUCCAGCCCUGCUGAGGACGGAGAAGGGAGUUCAGAAGAGAAGGACCCUUUGUGCGUCGAGUGUAGAAUGAGAAGGCGGGACCCGUCUCCCAAGGAGCUGGUGAUGUACCUGCAUGCCUUGCGCUAUAAGGGAGCGGAGUUUGAGUAUUGCUCCAAGAUGCCCGAGUGGGCGAUGGAAGACUGGGAGGAAUGA